CUUGGCUGUGUGCGCGCCGUAGAGCAAGAGCCUGAACUCCCUUUCCGAGAUGAGCAAGCCGCCCGCCACGCUGCCUCCGAGCAGCGACUACAUCCAGCUGCAGCGCGCCAAGUCCUUUGCUCGCAAGCGCGAGGAGGACGCGGCCAAGGCGAACGGAUUCCUUCCGGAAUCGCAGGGCUUUGGCCUGCCUCCGGGCAGGGUGCCGGUGGGCAGGCCGCCGAGCGUGCUUGGCUUCCCGCCCAGCCUUGGCGGCAGCAAGUCCGACCUCAGCGCCCCGUCGAUGCUGCCUCCCGGCUCGCCCUCCGCCGCGCUGCCCGAUAGCAAGCCGCCCGACAUGGAGUACAUCGCGAUGCAGCGCGCGCAGAGCUUCGCGCGCAAGCGCGCCUCGGCGGCGCAGGCGACGGCGGCGGCUGCGGCGCUCGGCUCUCGAGACUUUCUCAAGGAGGCGCUGGUGGCGGCGGGGGGAGAGAACAACACCCCGGCGGGGCCUCCGAGGUCGCUGCUCGCGAAGCACCCCUCGCUGCUGCUGCAGUACCGCCCCGCCAACGGCGAGCGCUGCGGCGACGCGCCGAAACGGCUCGAGAUCUUUGCCGCGCGCGCGCAGUCCGAGCCGCUGCGGCUGCUGCUCGAGGCGACCUGCACGCCGUACGACCUGCACAUCCACUUUUUCGGCGAGAGCGCGAACCCUGCCGACUACCAGUCUCGGGCGGGCCCCCUCGCCGAGCUGCCGCUCUACAAGGGCGACGAGCUCGGCGACGCCUCCAUCUGCGGCUGCAAGGCCAUCCUGCGCCACCUCGGAAGGACGCUCGAGGGCUCCCUGUGCGGCGAGGAGGACGACUUGCCGGCGCAGGCCGAGGUCGACCAGCUCCUCGAGCUGUCCUUCGACAUGCUCGACGCGAUGCAGGGCUUCCGCGGCGGCUCGACCUCCUCAAAAGACGGCGAGUUUGUCAAGCCGGGAUGGUGGUCGCUCAAGCGGCUCGAGGACUCCCUGCGCGGCGCCGAGAAGAUGCUGCCCUCCUUCCUCACCCCGCAGGAGGGCGUGUACUUUGUCGCCGGCGCGCUGAGCCUCGCCGACAUCGGUAUGCUGCACGCGCUCUCCACGCUGGACGAGAUGAAGCCCGGCUGGCUCGCGGCGCAGAAGGUGCCGAAGCUGGUUGCUUUCCUCGACUCGCACCGCACCGCGAGCUGGUACCAGGAGUACGCCUCCUCGCCGCGCCGCCUGCCCGCCUGCCCCAUCGACUUUGACUUCAACCUGCUGCACGCUGACUGGCACCCGAGGCACUACGAGUACACCGCCCCCCUCGAGGCCGCCACCGCCGGCUCCCGCACCUCCGACUGAUCUAGCUGAGGAGAGGAGGGCGGGGGGCGUCUAGUCCGUGCCUCUCGCGCGACCCGUCGCGAUCUCCCGCGAUCUCCCGCGGUCGGCGCCCCUCCCCCCCCCCGGGGGGACGGGGGGCUGGGCUAGGCUGGGCGAGGAGGAUGCUGGAUGGCUUGAGGUUGAGCACUGAUGUGGCAUGAGGCUGCCGGAGAAGGGAUCUGCUUUGCACUGAGGGAGGGGCCUGGCGAGACUCUGGGCGUGACUGCUCUGUGUGUGUUGUUUGUGCUUUGUCUCGGCCGCUCUCCGCCUCUCGCUCGUGUGACCCCCCGGGGACGCGUCUCGCAUAUUUGGAAGGAUGAAGAAUGGAAUAAGCGGGCGACGGA